AGGAAUGUCUCUCUGACCAGCUGGUGAGUUUUUCUGCGGUUCUUGUCUAUGUCAUGUAACUUAUAAGAGAGACCACUGUUAAAAACAAAAAUUAGAAGUGAUAAUUAAAAAUAAAUGAAAAAGAGACGAAUGAGAGAGAGAUUUUGUAGGGGUUUUACAUAUAAAAUAGAAUUUGGAAUAAUCCAUAUUCUCUCCUUCUUUCUCUCCCUCUGCAAACCCUAAAGUUUCCUUGUCCUUUACUCUCUCAUCUGACGAAAGAUAGCGUCAAAACUGUGGCAAUUCAAAACCGGAAAGGAAAAACAGAACUGGUUAAAAUGGAAACCAAUCAGCUCGAUUCAGAUUCGCAUCUCCCUCCUCGAAAGCGACUACUUGCUGAAUUCAAGAAACUUAACGGAUCUUCUUCUUCUUCUUCUUCCACAACUUCAAACUCAAACGGAUCUUCCUCCUCUGCUUCAACCGACGACGUCCACACCCACCUCGACGACUUAUUAGCUUCCCGUUUCAACAAUCAGUCACCGGAAGAGCUCGCGGAAGCAGCUAGAUCCGCCGCCGGUUUAGCUGUUAAAGCCGCAAAGGCCGCGAGGGAAGUGGCGAACGAGAAGGCAUUGAUCUCCACAAAGGCAAUCGCUGCAGCCAAGAGGGCAUUGGAGUUGGUUGAUUCUUUCCCCCAAGAAGCAAUGGCUGGUUGCAAGGAGAGGCCGUCGUCACCUAAGAAGAACAAGCAGAGGAAACAUGUCCCUCUUCACCACUUGUACUAUUCAAAGGGAGAGUUUAGAGACGAAGAAGAGGAUUUAGCGCUUAGGCUGCAUCGAGCUGUAGACAAUAGGAACCCUAAUGGUCAAAUUAACAAGAAGCAGAAGACGUUAGUUGUAUAUGGGAGUAGAUUGACCGGUACUGUGAAUGACGUUAAUGGGGCUGUGGAUUCAGACAGCUCGUUUGAGGGAUUAGAAUCAAACCGGGAGGCGUUCAAACCGGAUGAAGUGGAUUCAAUACCGACACCGUGGAAGGAAGAAAACAUUUCAUUGGGGAGAAGAAGAGGAAGAGUGAAGCUAAAGAAACUUCCUUUGAGCAUUUUGUAAUUCUAGGGCUUGAGAAAUCAGAACCUGCGUGGAAUACACGGUGGAUUGAAGUUGUGUCUGAAGAAUGUGUAAAGCAGAACAGACAGCCGUACGGUCAUAAGAUGAUCUGGUCAGCAUUGCCAUUUUCAGUUUAAAAAAAACACACACACAUUGUUGUUUCUUUUUUUUUUGAUGUGUUUUGAAUUUAUGUUUUUAGAGAAUGUGAUGUUUGGAUUCUUAGAUGGAGAAGAAAUGUAAUAACGUGAUGCAGUUUUUGUUAAAUGUUAUUUUUACUUUUGAUUUAAUCUUUUUUCUUCUCUGCUUAAUUAACAAAUACUGUAGUUAAUAAGAAGUGGGUCGCGUUGCACUUAAAAAUUAAUAAAGAGAAGUGGGCUAACUUUUGAAAAUAGUGGGAAAGAUUAAGAAAAAUUUACAUAGAAGAGGGUGGCACGUGAACCACGUGCUGAUAAGGAACGUGUGACACAGAUCAAACUCAGUCAUGCAACGACACAUGUGGUCUGAAAGUUAAAACCAUCUGGCUAUGUUUCUAAAGUAUUUGUGUUUGGAAGUGGUAGAACGUGGAUACUAAGUAAUGAGUAUUUGUUUUGUUCUAGAGUAAAUUGUUUUUUGUGCACAAAUUUCAUUAAUCAAAGUUUUAAGUGCUACAGUGAUUACAACCAGAGUUAUGCUCGACGGAACAAUAAAACAGUAAAAUAAUAAAACAUUGGAUAAAAAUAUUACAAUGAGUAAAAUGUUAUUACUUCAAUACAUAAGUUGAUAUUGACAUGUCUGACAAUAACAUAUACAGUAUAUACAUGUAUGAAUGUGGAUGGUUGAUUCGAAGAAGUUUAUAUAUGUUGUUCCUUUGUUAAACAAUUUAGUCAUUCACUCACUAAAAGAUAAUUCUUUAUAAACAACAAAUGAAAUCAAUGGUUAACCAAUAAACAUAGCUCCCCCACAAAUUAAAGAACAAUUAAGCAAAACAAAAAAAAUAUCGAAAUGAUUGAAAAAGCCGAAUAAUAAAAAAAGUGUGAAGGAACUGAUUAGUAAAUCAAUUUGAUUACCCUUGCUAGCAAUUUCUUGUUUUCCUCGUUAGCUCUUCCAUCAUCAAAGGUUAGUGAUUGUUGCAGUCUAUGUUGGGAUAAACAUGAAGUUAGCUUGAGUUGCAAGCUAUCCUAGUCACAUUGAAUUUUAGUUUGAAUAAAGUGAUUAUGAUAUAUAUGUGAUUGUGGUUAUCCAUAUAGGAUUAGGAAUAUAUGGUUCCUAUAUAAGUAGAUUCCGAUUUGUGGUUAUACUUAAUGAGUUUUGUGAUAGACAUUGGUAUUGUGUUUUUGAGAGCUUGAGUGAUUGAAUAAGAAUACAUCUUAUUGAUUCAUGCGUUUCUAUAUUUGAUAUCAAGUCUUGUGAAACAAUAGUCUGGACGUGGUCUUUCAAUUCAAUGCCAAUCUCAACAGAUUCAUCUUCCAGCUGUGAAAUGCUUAUAGGUACAUGUUCAAUCAGCAAAAAUCACAACAAAAUUAUUAUCAUCUAUAUCAUGAUUUUACAAUUCAAAAUAUUUAUUUGAACCUAAAUAUACUUAUAGGUACAUGGUUGACCAUCAUCUUCUUCAUUUUAACACAUUUUGUUAUUUUAUUUGUAAUGUGUAAUAUGAUACUAGAUUACUACUUAUAAGAGAGAAUUGCAAACAUUCAUUAACCAAUUUAAAUAAUUUGGAAACAUCACAAUAUUGUGCAAUUGAAUUAGAAAUUCAAAAUCCAUUUCAAAGCAAUACACAAAUAAAUUUUAUUUGUUAGUACAUUUGUUGUUCACUAGCAAGUUGAAAUAAUGUUAUAAUAUUUUAUUUGUUAGUACAUUUAUAUGCAUCAUUAUAAUUUCUAAAGAUAUCAACUGAUGUCGUUAACAAAUUCUAUAAUCAGGCACGCUAAUUUUAUACUGACUACAAGUAAAUAAGCAUAUACACAAUCCAAGUAUUAAUGAAAUUUCAUCAGGUAAAAUUACAAAAAGUUAGAUUCUCUUUUUUUAGAAGGAGUUAGUGGGAGAUGAAUUUAGGUAGAGUUGAUUGAUUUAAAGAAUCAAGAGAUUUGUUAAAUUUAUAGUGAAUUUUAAUGAAUUUUUUAUAUUUAAAAAGUCUAUGAAACUAUUCUAUUACAAUGAUUUUAAGAAUCUUGAGGAUAUAUGCAAUAUUUUGAAAGUUUUUGUUUCAUGAAUUAAAAUGUUAAGAAUUCAAUAUGUUAAGAAUUCAAAUCCCAAUAAUCCUGGAUUUUGAUAGAACUAUAGAAUCAUUAAACUCCACACUUUUUUACUAACAAUAGAUUGUAUAUAUUAUUAAAGAAUCAUCAAACCAAUAACACUUGAUUUAAUAAAAAUAUUAGAAUCCAUUAACCAAUAACAUAGCAAAGAUGGUGUGUUUUUUACAUAUAGAGAUAAAAUGAUGAGAUUUUGAUAUCACUAAAUGUCGCUUAGACAUAUAUGAAUCAAAUCUCACAUGCAAAAUCUAGGACAUUUAGUGAUGAUAUCAUAAUCUUCAUCAUUUUAUUAGGUGGAAGGAUGAAGCAUUUUAACCAAACCAGAUGGAUAGGAUAAGCCCGAGGCUGCUGAUUAAUAGCCGAGAAUCUUGUGAUACCUCCAGAUCAAGUCCCAAUAGGCGAGCUCAGAUCUGAGUUUUGAUCUCUCUCAUAAGAACAUGUGUUGGUCAAUACAUUAAUUGACAAUGACAUGGCUAACAAUAAUAUACAUCAUGCACGUAUGAAUCUGGUGGUGCAAAGGAGUGUGUAUAUAUAAAUAUGAUUCUUUGUUAGUCAAUUAAUUCAUUCACUACAAGGCAAUUCUUUAUAAGCAACAAAUGAAAUCGAUGGUUAACCGAUAAUCAUAGUUCCCCAAAAAGACAAAGAAAAAAACAAUUAAACGAGACAAAAAAAAGCAUAAAAAUAUCGAA